AUGCCCCUCGCCGUCGUCUUCACCGUCACCAGCCCCACCACCGUUUCUAUCCAAUCCCCCAAAUCGUCGACCAUAACCCACCGCAAACUAAACCUGACGCCACUCCUGUCCCCGCCUCCGCCGCCUCCGCUGCCGUUGGAUGAUGUAUCUCUUUUACGAAUCGCGGCGAGGGUUAACUCCAGGCCGCCGCGGUUCAAGAAGCCGAAAAUCGCGUUCAUGUUUCUCACCACCACGCCGCUGCCGUUCGCUCCGCUUUGGGAGGAGUUCUUUAGAGACGCCCCGAAAUCGCUGUACAGAGUAUACGUCCACGCCGAUCCCAGAUUCCCAUACGAGCCUCCGUUCUCCGGCGUGUUCGCCGGGAGAGUGAUUCAUUCCAAGCCGGCGCAGCGGUUCACCCCGACGCUCGUCUCCGCCACGCGCCGCCUCCUCGCGCACGCGCUGCUUGACGAUCCGAUGAACUCGAUGUUCGCUCUGUUGACACCGUCGUGCAUCCCCCUCCACUCGUUCAACUUCACGUACCGGACGCUGGCCGCGUCGAGGAGGAGCUUCAUCGAGAUCCUCGAGAACGAGGUCGGGGCGUACGACAGGUGGGCGGCGCGUGGGGAGGACGCGAUGCUGCCGCAGGUGAGCCUGGAGGAGUUCCGGAUCGGGUCGCAGUUUUGGGUGCUGAAGCGGAAGCACGCCCGGCUGGUGGUGAGCGACCAGCGGCUUUGGUCCAAGUUCAAGCUGCCCUGCGAGCGCUGGGACACGUGUUACCCGGAGGAAAAUUACUUCCCUACCCUCCUCCACAUGCGCGACCCUGGCGGGUGCGUGCCCGCCACGCUCACGCACGUGGACUGGAGCGGCAGGUUCGACGGCCACCCGGUGACUUACAACGCCACCGACGUGGGGCCCGACCUGAUAUGGUCGCUGAGGGAGGAGAGGCCCAGGUACGGCGACGAGGUGAACGUCAACGCCACCGAGUGGUCCGGCAGCGAACGCCACGAUCCGUUCCUUUUCGCGAGGAAGUUUCCGCCGGAAGCAAUCGAGCCGUUGAUGAGUAUGGCGAGUGACGUCAUUUUCCGAGAUUAG